AUGGAGCGGAAGCUGCAGCAGGAGCGCGAGGAGAUGGAGCGGAAGCUGCAGCAGGAGCGUGAGGACAUGGAGCGGAAGAUGCAGCAGAAGCACGCUCAGAUGGAACAAAAGCUACAACAGGAACGUGAGGCGUGGGAGUCUGAGAUACAACCGGAGAGGGAGUACUAUAAAACUGCCAUAUCUAAAAUAGGAGAGAAAAUCCUCAAGCAUGUUGGCAAAAACAUGAUUCCCCAUCUUUGCAUUUCACAAGCUUCCCUUACCCCUGGAGCCCCCGCGUUGGGCGACUCUGGCGGACAGCCACGCCCCACGCCGCCGCCGCCCCCUUUCCCAUCACCCAUUCCUCGUCGCCACCGCCGCCAGAGCCGGUCGCCGGAAGCCUGCGCAGCCGGCGAGGAUGGUGGCGGUGGGGCAGCACUUCCCCUUCCCCUCCGCUUCGCCUGGCGGGCGCGGCCGCUGCAGGUGUCGGGGGAGGCCACCGCCGGGCGGGCGGUGGCGGUGCCGGCGGCUCCGGCGAGGCUAGAUCCGAGGCUUCCGCAGCCAGAUCUGAUGUCCGUGGCGCCGGAUUCGACGCGAGGGUGGCCGUCGGCUGUGGCGCGGCCGCGGUGGCACUGGUGGGAGCAAGGGCGUGGAGGAGGUUGUGCGGCGGGCCGCAUGCAGACGGAGCGGCCACGUGCAGACGACGAGGCGGCGUAUUGGCUUGGCGAGACGCUGCAGCGGGAGGGGCUCUCUGCUUAG